CCUGCCACAGGGAGCCCUGUGGCUACUGAGAUCCCAGACGAGAAAUUUGGGAAAUGUCAGUGUGAGGAGACACACCGUGCUAAGAGCAUCCUGUACCAGAGCCUUAACAAAGAGCACGGAAGUGAGACCAAGUGUCACCAGCGGCAUCGCAGUCCCCAGCCCUCCACGGGAAGCAAGGGCUGCUCUUGUACAAGCAGAAGAGUUGUCCUGAAAACACCAAAAGCCACGUGCAGGAGAGCUUUUGAAGUGCUCUUGAAGACUUCAGCUUUUAUUAGAAACUUGCCUUCUUUCUACCACGUGCCUUGGGAGGAUCAGCUUGUCCUCAUACAACAAAACUGGGCACCUCUUUUUGUCCUGGGCAUGGCACAAGAAGGGGUGGGUUUUGACCUGAGAGAGAUUUCUGCCCCUAGUUUAUUGAAAAGAAUCCUCCUCAAUCAGUCUUUGACAGGUAGCAAUGAACUGGGCAGCUCGUCACUGGGAACAUCUUUAGCAGAAGUUCAGAAGAUGAAGAAUUUAUUAUGGAAAUUCUGGGACCUGGACAUAAGUGCGAAAGAAUAUGCCUAUCUUAAAGGGAUUAUUCUUUUUAAUUCUGGAUGCCAUGUUCUAAAAUGUCUCCCCUAUGUACAAACACCGCAGCAGGAAGCUCAGCAAGCCUUGAUGGAGUUUAUCUCAGUGAUGUUCCAUAGAAACCAAGGCAGGUUUGCUUGGUUUCUUCAGCUAAUUGCCUCUCUCCGAGAUAUCGAUGCAACCUCUAUCGAACAGCUCUUCUUCAGGUCCGUCCUAGGAGAGGCCACCCCUCUCCACCAUGUAUUACUUCUAGAAACACUAUACAUCAAGCCAGACUGGCUUUGA